AUGUUUUUGCAAAUCUUAGCAUACAUUGGAGUGGUGGUGGGAUUCCUGUUUCUAGUACUUGCCAUUGCUCUGGGGCUCUAUUAUAUUUCGGAAGUAGUGGAGGAACACACCGAGCCCACCAAGAGAUUUCUCAAGAGAUUGAUCUAUGCUAUCAUAACACUUCUCGUCCUUUUGUGGUUAUUCGACAACUUCCCAUUCAAGCUAACGGUCUUCUCGAUAAUUUCCUAUUUCAUUUACUUACAGAACUUGGUCAGGUUCCCAUAUGUACAGUUGACGUCGCCCAUUUUCCUCGCAUCAUGCGUUUUGGUGAUCAUUAACCAUUUCUUGUGGUUUGACCAUUUCCAUAACCCUUACAUUCCUCCUCUUGAAGAGAGGUUGAAGCCCAAUUAUCGUCCUCCACGAAUCCCGCUGUUCACGGAGGUAUGUUCUUUUUUCGGCUUGGUUGUGUGGUUUGUGCCUUUCGCCUUGUUCGUGUCGUUGAGUGCUCAUGACAAUUUGCUUCCGCAUCACAUGGAGGUUUCGGAUGCCCAUAAGAAGAAGAACACUGGUUUGGCGAAGUUGCUUUUUGGUAGGAUUCGUGACUAUGUCUACACUGCAAGCAGAAGUUUGGGUUACGAGUUGGACCCACAUUAUGGCACUUUAGCGUAA